AUGACGAUCGAGAAUGAGUCCCUCUUUGCCCCCCUGACUAUAACGUCGCAAGUGCCAGCGGCUAUGAAUGAAUGUAUCGAUACAUACUCGUCGAGCAUGGAAUCAAGCGCACUUUGGCGUAGCAAACGACGCAAUCUUUUCCAACGGGCGUUUCACCGCGUGCAACUUGCGUACUACCGCUACGAAGUGACUUUCGGCCUCUAUGUGUUGACAUCCAAUGAAAAAUUCGUCGCAAACGCCUUCGUUUUGACCGUUAUAGCCCUAGUCUUCUGGGCACUUCUUUACUUCCCAGCCUUGGUUUAUAACAAGGGGGAUGACCUUGUCUGGCUGCUGACAGGCCACCGUAACCAGGAAACUGGCACCGUGGUGUCGUGA